UCUUCUUCCGUUUGUGGCAAUAUGGCGGCGUCCGGUAGGCACGUAGGACAUUACAUCCAGAGAAACGGACGGUUUCUUCGGGUUAACCUUGAAGGUUUAUGGUCAAACAGGAGUUUUGGAUGGACCUCUGCGCUGCAGCAACAAGCUCCAGAAGUUAAAAAGGAUGCAUCAGAGUCGAUUGUCAUCCCAAGGAAGAAAACAUGGAACAAAAUUGCGGUUCUGGAGGCCCUGGCAUCAACUGUGGACAGGGAUCCUACAGCCUAUCCAUACCAGUUCCAGGAUGAUCCCUACCUUUCUCCCAGGACAUCCUCUGAGUUUAAGCUGUUCUCUCUCUCCCAGGAGUCUGGUCGCUCUGCAGCGAAGUUCUUUGUCGACAGCAAUCCAAAGUUCUUCACCAAAGACUUCGCUGAACCCCACAUCCCUUGCCUGAUGCCAGAGAGCGUGUCGCUGCGUCUGGAGGAGGUGAGCGAGGAGGCCCUGAGGGAGCGCAUCAGCCUGAGGAAAGUGACGGCUGCCGUCGACAUGUACGAUCAACUCCUGCAAGCGGGCACAGCCGUUUCCAUGGAAACCACUCACGAUCUGCUGGACCUAAUCUGUCUGUACUGCGACAGGAACCCCGUGCAGGAGGGGGGGCCGCAGGCGGAGGAAGCGGAGGAGGCAGGAGAGGAGACGAAAGGAAGGAGAGGCAGGACAAGACGAGAUAUCCCCAAGACCCCCUGGAAAGAAAACAACAACGCUGAGAGAAUCUUCAACCUACUGCCAGAAAGAGACUCGCGCUGCUACUCGGCUUUGAUCAGAGGCAUGGUGAAGCAUGGAGCUUAUGCAAAAGCUUUCAGUUUGUAUACAGAUCUGCUCAACGACAGACUGACAGGUGACGUCCAUCUCUUUAACGCUCUCAUCCUCGCUGCCCCAGAACUCAGAGAAAAAUACAAUGAAAAGUGGGAGCUCAUCAGCGAGCUGCUGAACCAGAUGAGUCAGCAGAAAGUUCAUCCCGACCUGCUGACCUUCAACAGCGUCCUGAAAGCUCUGCGGCGCUGCGGCUACGUGGCAAAAACCAAAGCUCUGUCCACGCUGAACGAGAUGAAGGCCGUGGGCAUCUCUCCCAGCUUGGCCACCUAUGACCACAUCCUGGCGGCCUUUUACAAAUCAGCUUCAUCUGGUCCGAGCAACACCGAAAUCCUCCUGGAAGUGCUGACCGAGCUGGAAGGAACCCGCCUCACCUGCCAGGAUCCUGAUGAUGUUCUGUUCUUCUCCAGCGCCAUGAGAAUAUGUUUAGACGGCAAAGAUCUGGAGCUGGGAUAUAAAGUCCAGAAUCUAUUAGAAGUUGGAGACAACUGGAGGCUUCUUGGAGACUCCUACCAGCAAAGUAUUUACUACGGCCGCUUCUUCAACCUGUUGUGUAUGAUGGAGCACAUCGACGUGGUUCUGGAGUGGUACAGAAAGAUCAUCCCGUCGCGGUACUACCCCAACCCUCAGGGAAUGAAGGACCUGCUGCAGGCGCUGGACACCGACAGCCGCCUGGACAUGCUGCCCACUAUUUGGAAAGACAUAAAGAGUUUGGGUCACGAUAACAAACCUGACCUGGUGGAGGAGCUGCUCGCUCUGAUGGCCAGAGAGGAGCACAGUCCAGAGGUUCAGGAGUCUUUUGCUGCGUGCGCUCUGAACGUGAAGAGCGUGUGCGAUGGGAGGCUCAGUACGGAGUGGAGCGCCUCCGCCCUGUCACACAUCACCACUCUUCUCCUGCGGGCCAACAAAACCCAGGAGGCCUGGGAGGUGCUGCUGGUCUUUAAGGCCAAGAACAGAGUUCCUUCCGAGGAGCUGUUGAACAGCUUCCUGUCCGCCUGCCAUAGCCGUGGGGAUUCCCAGGGAGCAGUGGAGCUGGUGCAGCUGUCUGCAGCCUUCUGCCUGCCCGCUACAUCAGGACUGGCCUCCAGAGCGCUGGCAGACUUCCACCUGACCGAGGAGCAGAGAGCCGCUCUGUCUGAACUGGAGGUUGCAGUGGAGUCUUCUGACCCGAAGAACCAGCAGGAAAACUGAGUUUUUACAUCCAUACAUGCAAAAAUCUUCCAGAUGCCUCGAAUAAACCUGUGUCUGUACUCCCCCCAUCUAAUAAAAGUUUGACGCAUAA